AUGUUCUCUGUUUCCGAGCACCAGCUGCCAUGCGACGCCCUGUACUCGCGCAUUAGCGCCAGUCGCUCCAAACCCCUUGUGGGUUUCGGCGGCCGGGACGCCUCUAUCCACGUCUAUCCAUUCAUGGGAUACACGCGGACUGCCUGGCUGCAGGGACUGUCGGAGCCUAUCACAGCCCUCGGCUUUGACCCGGACCAGACGUCCGUGGUGGGCGGAAGCGACGCCGGCAAGCUGCAAAUGUGGGACAUUGGCUCUGAGGAGGUGGUGCGUGUCUUCACGCGCGGCCACGCCUCCACCGUGACCGACAUCGAUGUCUUCCGCAGCGGGCAGUUCUUCGCCACCGUUUCAACGGAUAGGAUACUGCGCAUCUGGGAUGUGCGAAAGUCGUCUGGCCGGCAGUCCUACAAGGAUGCCACCGCCCCAUUAUGUGCAGUGCAAUUCUCGCCGAACGGCAGGUGGGUAGCCACCGGGUGUGCGCGCGGUAUUGUGCGGCUCUACGACCUCGUCGCUGGCAAGAUUGUCCACACGUUCGAACUGCACACCGGUGCCAUUACGAGUCUCCACUUUCACCCGGACUUGUACUAUUUAGUGGUGGGCAGCGGUGACGGUACGGUGUCGGUGUGGGACCUAGACUCCUUUGAGGCGCGGUUUCACAGCAGCAGCCAGCACACACCCAUCGACGCCGUCUACUUCAGCGGCACGCGCCUCCUCGCGACAUCGGAUCACAACCUUCGUAUCUUCGAUACGUCGAACCUUAGUGAACGCACGGCCGUGUCGCUGGAGGCGCCGUGGAUUAUGAUGGGUGACGUAGCCUACGCAGGCGCCACGGACGAGGCCUGGUUCGUGGAGACGGCCGGAGCGACGGCGAUGAAGUGUAAGUUGUGCUUGCGCGACAUCCGCCGCCCUGGAGAAGAGGAGCGUUGCGCGGCAGCAGCGCCAUCCGCAUCUGUUCUAGCACCUGCCUCGCCCUCCCAGCGAGUCCCGGUGGCGACGCUGAACAGCAACAGUUCAAUCUUCGCGGAUGCGCGAAAGAAACCUGUAAAUGGGUCUCGGCUCAGCCCAAUGGACUCACCGGCGAAAACAACGGAAAAUGACGUGGCAGAAAAGGAGUUGCGGGCGGAGACGUCAGAACCGACGGCGGCGAACCUGCCACAACCAGCAUUCAGUAGCGGUGGACCAUCUUUCCCACCGACAUUGGCCCCGUCAUCGAGUACAGGCGAGUCAGAGCUGCAGAUGGUGCAGCAGCUGAGUCACGAGCACGGCACUGUCUUUACCACGCUGCAGAGGCGCCUCAACACUCUGCGCACCGUGCGUACGCUCUGGAUGCAGAACCAGCCAGAGGCAAUGGCGCACGUGAGGCGGCUCUACGACGAGGGGCAGGAGUUUGGCCCGCUCUUCGACUUUUUAACCGUGCUGCAGCAGCCCCGCAUGAAGGAUAAGUUGCUCACAGAGUCCGUCGCUACUUUUUUGGACCUCGUCGAGAUCGCGCUCAAGACGGACUACGAGCCGCUAAUCUUGUUAGGGCUGCGCACGCUUCGCAGCAUUUCCACCAAGUUCCGCGCAAGGAUGGAGGAGGCGCAGCGGCGGGCGCGCGCGUCGCAGAGCACAGGCUACAACGAUCCUCUCGGCAUGAGUCAGCAUCAGCACAUAACACAGAAGUUGAAUAAUUGCUGCCCGGUGGUCUUUGCGCUGGCGGAGCGCUGCGAUGGCGUCGGAGAGGAGGCUAGGGCAGUCCUGCCAGACAUGCCGCCGCCGCCGCGCACUCAAUAG